UCUUCAUUGCAGGGACGAGCUUUAAGGACAGCCAAAUCUCUUGAUGAGGGACUUUCUCUUGUGAUCCCUCUUGAUAGCAUCCACAGUGUGUCUCAGCAGAAUGAAGGGAGACUGGUGCACUUAGCUGGCACUCUGAGUACAUCUAAGCCUUUGUUUGAUCCCAGCUAUGGGCUCUCCAUCCAGGCUGUCAAACUUAAGCGUAAUGUGGAAAUGUACCAGUGGGUAGAACAUGAAGAUUCCACGGAAUAUGAAGAGAAUGGUGAGAUUAAGAAAGAGACAAAGUAUUCAUACAAUACUGAGUGGAAGUCGGAAGUUGUGAACAGCAGAAACUUUGAUCGAGAAAUUGGACAUAAAAACCCUAGUGCCAUGGCUGUGGAGUCUUUCACUGCUGUUUCUCCUAACGUCCAGGUUGGCAGCUUUGUUCUUUCCAACGGUCUUGUGGAUAAAAUCAAUGACUUCAAGCAGUUGAGCUUGUCACACCUUGAGGAUCCACAUACUGAUGUUACCCGAGGAGGAGAUUACUUUUACCACAGCGAGAACCCCAGGCGUCCAGAAGUAGGAGACCUUCGUGUCUCAUUCUUCUAUGCAGGUCUGAGUGGAGAUGACCCCCAUUUGGGCUCUGCUGAUAAGGUGACUGUGAUUGCUCGCCAGCGAGGCAAUCAACUGGUUCCAUAUCAUACCAAGUCUGGAGAUGUCCUGCAGAUUCUGUACCCUGGGGAUCUCUCUGUGGAG